AAGAGAAAGGCUCCACUAGAUCAGAUCGAGACCCAACAGCAAUGAGGAAGCCUGAUCAAAAUAUGGGAAAGGACAGAGUUAACAAUAACAAGAUCAAGCUGAGGAAGGGAUUGUGGUCACCAGAAGAGGAUGAGAAACUCAUGAAGUACAUGUUAACCAAUGGACAAGGCUGUUGGAGUGACAUUGCCAGGAAUGCUGGUCUCCAACGGUGUGGCAAGAGUUGUCGUCUUCGUUGGAUUAAUUACUUGAGACCUGAUCUUAAGCGUGGCGCCUUCUCUCCUCAAGAGGAAGAGCUUAUCAUACAUUUGCAUUCCAUCCUCGGCAACAGGUGGUCUCAAAUCGCGGCUCGUCUUCCAGGAAGGACAGAUAAUGAAAUAAAGAAUUUCUGGAACUCCACGCUAAAGAAAAGAUUGAAAAACAACACCUCCACAUCCUCAUCACCCAACAACAGUGAUUCAUCGGAGCCCAGAGACCAUGGUGUAGGAGGGAUUUUCCCUGUGCAUGAACAUGACAUCAUGACCUUAUGCAUGGACUCAUCUUCCUCAUCAUCAACAUCCAUGCGACCAAUUGUUACGGGCAAGCAGUUUGAUCCGUUUCCUCUGCUCAACAACCGUUACGACAUGACAGGUGCACCGUGUUUGUUCGAUGUGCCCGCGUGCUUAACGCAAGGUGGUAUGGGAGAAGGACUUUACGGGGAUUAUGGGGUUUUAGAGCCUGCAAAUAAAAUAGGGUUGGAAGGGGACUUUUCUCUUCCUCCACUUGAGAGUAGAAGCAUUGAAGAAAAUAAUGCUGCCAAUGCCAGCAUUGAUAUGAAAAGCAAUAACAACCACUACAAUAAUACUUGCUUCAACAACACUGAUCAGAGCUUUAAAGUAGGGGACAUAUUUGGGUUAGAAAAUCAUCAUUGGCAAGGAGAAAACUUAAGAAUGGGAGAAUGGGAUCUAGAGGGCUUGAUGGAUAAUAUUUCUUCCUUCCCUUUCCUUGAUUUCCAAGUUGAAUAACUGCCGACACUUAGGGCCUCGGCCUCUCUCUUUCAAAAUCUACCCAAAGCCAUACAUAGGAAAUUUUGGGCAGUUUUUCUUUUUCCCCAUCACCACAAUUUACACUUCAAGCCCUCUCGUUUGCUGCAUUUCUCCUUGCCAUCUUCAUUUCUUUUUCCUCUUUAUCUUAAUUUCUUGGUUCUUCAUUACGUACCCUUUUUUUUUUCCUUUGAAUUCCUUUUCGCCUUCUUUUAGACUCGAAAAUUUAUAUACCGGAGUUUCCAUAAUUCUGGACGUCUGGGAAUAAACAUGAAAAAAGUGGAGAUUAGCACAACCGGAGAUUUCUUGUACGUAUGUAUUUCAGUUUCAGCAAGAGGCACUUCAGUCAAUUCGCAGAGGGGGAGGAUUGGUGCAAGAAUCGUCGUUCCUUUUUCUAAGAGAAAUGUGAAUAGUGAUACAGAUAUAGAAAGUCAAAAAUAAAGAUUAAGAUUAUAGUUGUUGAUUGUAGUUUAAUUUCAUGUACAAAUCAGGGGGAAUAAAUUUGAAAGUGGAGGUUGUUAUUAGUGGAAGCUGAGAAGGAUGCAUGUAACACAAAUUUUACGUAAAAACACCUCAAUAAUAAGC